CAGUGGGGACCUUCCCACUAUGUCCACUGCUGACAACUGUGAGUCAAACUUGCCACAUAGAAGCAGCCCGAGUGAACUGACGUAUCAGCAGUCGACUUCCAUCUCUACAUCUGAGGCGAGGGAGUCACAGCAGACAGACGAAAAGGAGUCCAAGCUUGGGGCAGAGAGAGAGGCCGUCCCUGAGGAAAGGCCUUCCGUCGAUGGCGCUAACACCGAGGGCUACUUCUCAUCACCGAUUUGCCAAACACAGAGCCUUUCCUCCUCUCCUAAUGCCAUGUUCCCUUACCCGGUUCAGCAUGGGGCAGCUCACCCGCCUUUCUCCAUUGCAAAUCCGGGCCCAUAUAUGGCACAUCACCCGGUGAUCACCAGUGGACCUUACAGUGGACUUUUGACGAGCCCGUCUCGACAGGCAUACCCAUCCCCUGGCUACUCGUAUGCGCAACAGUACGGCCACAGCUACCAAGACGGUCCAUUGUACCAGUUUUCGGCAACCGGCGCAACUCCAUUUCUCUCGGGCAAAGCGCAUGUGUAUUUGUGUAACAGGGCUCUGUGGCUGAAAUUCCACAGACAUCAGACAGAGAUGAUAAUCACCAAACAAGGCCGACGGAUGUUCCCAUUUUUGAGCUUUAAUAUAACGGGCCUUGAUCCGAUGGCGAAAUAUAACAUAUUCGUGGACGUCAUCCUUGCCGACCCAAAUCACUGGCGUUUUCAAGGAGGAAAGUGGAUUCCUUGCGGCAAAGCGGACACAAAUACAACAGCAAACAAGGUGCACAUGCACUCAGACUCGCCAAACACAGGUGCGCACUGGAUGCGUCAAGAGAUUUCUUUUGGAAAACUGAAGUUAACGAACAACAAAGGCGGUUCCAGCCCAGGGCAGAUGGUAGUUCUGCAGUCCCUUCAUAAGUACCAACCCAGGCUACACGUGGUGGAGGUGAAUGACGACGGUACGGAGGACAAGAACCAGGAGGACAGGGCGCAAACAUUCACCUUCCCCGAGACGCAGUUCAUCUCCGUAACGGCCUACCAGAAUACUGACAUCACUCAACUGAAAAUAGACCACAAUCCAUUUGCAAAGGGGUUCCGUGAUAACUAUGACACAAUAUACUCUGGGAUGGACAUCGACCGGUUUACCCCGUCGCCAGGUGAUUCUUCACAGUCUCAGAUGAUUCCUGGAGGUCUCUAUGCCAUGGCGAACCCUCUUUUCCAAGAGCAGUUCAAUCCUUACGCAAGAGGGUCUUUCAACCCCGUUGGUGGACCUGCGCCUGGACUUGAUUUGGAAAGAAAACCCUCUCUAAAUAGCCUGGUGCCCCAUCAACAGCUUGACGAAAAUGCAGCUGCUUCUGCGCAGCGGUGGUUUGUUGCACCUCCUGGAAACAGACUGGACUUUUCAACCCCAGGAUAUGACACGGCUGCUGGGGCAGACUUCGCCGGUAAUGCCGCCUCACUGCUGUCCUACACGGCCGGUGUGAAGGCCCUGUCCCUGGCCAACGCCAGCUGCUCCAGUCGUGGGUUUGGUUACUACACGGAUCCUGCUGGCUGGCCAUCGCGCAGUUCUUCGCUCUGCGUCCCACCAACAGGGGACCGAGAUGAGAAGUCAAACUAUUUGGGAGAUAACGAAAGUGUAGAGAUUGGGAGGUCGCCCUUGCGUGACUCCAAAAUGAAGGACUCAUCCGAAUCUAACUGGAUAGAGCACACGCCAUCAAUGGACGCUGACGACAGUGGGAUUUAUGAUCACAGCAAACGGAAAAGAGAGUCUUCGCCAGUAACUGUGAUUGCAGGGGAUGUGUCACCUUUGAAAACUGAGGCUUCUGCAACACAGGGGAGCGAAAAUAAUUCUAAAGACAUGCAGUUCAAGUUUUAUUCUCAGACUUAAAAAGAAGAACCAUCGGUGGAGUAGCCUAAACAUUUUUAAAUUUUAAAUAGCCUAUGUUAUUCGAUACUACUUGACUGUAGCUUUUUGUGACUGAAAAUGGCAAUACUCCAUCCGAUAGGCAUUAAUAGGCCUAUGCCUAAUAAGGUAUAGGCCAUGAGAGUGGAGAUACCAACAACAAAACUUUCAAUAUGUUCUGUAACAUCUGCAUACAAGCCUGCAAAGAGACUGCAAUUUUCCCACUUGAAUUGGAUGGUGUUAAGCUAUUUGUGAUUAUUUGCGUGGAACUUGUUCACGAAACUGUAAAUAGGCUAAAAUGAAUUAACACAUAGCCUAUAUCUUUCUCUGUCUUCUAGUUUAAAAUGCCAAAUUGCAGGCAUUGAUUUGGAAUAUGAUAUACAGUAGCCUAAUUUAUUGAUCAGAUGGAUCUACAGAUUGAGGGAAGACUGAACACAUUUAAAAUUAUAUUACACAAUGAUGAAAUUUUUCUUUUUUCAAAAAGGGGAACAAAAGAUCUUAGCAAUAUCAAAUCGGUUAAUUGUAAGUGUACCCUGUUGUGUCUUAAGUAUCCUAAAGUUACAGGGUGUUUCUGUGGUGAACAAAAUCAAUAGAAUGUGUAAAUGUGAUUGUGCAGGUAGGCUAUUAGGUGCACAAUUUGUUCAGAUUGUUUUAUUCCUUGCCCAUGUCAAAUGCAAAGAUGACGUCACUCCAGUCCGUUGGUUCUG